UAUAUAUGUUUCUUCCACUGGGAAUAAAUUGGGCAUUCUAAUCUGCUGCAGAGUGCAGAGUGCAGAGUGCAUCAGCAUUGGAUCUGGAAACGCGUGAAAGAAGACAUGGCUCGCGCGGGAGGGAUAACAAACGCAGUGAACGUGGGAAUCGCGGUGCAAGCCGAUUGGGAGAACCGCGAAUUCAUCUCUCACAUUUCUCUCAACGUUCGUCGCCUCUUCGACUUCCUUGUCCAAUUCGAGGCUACGACGAAGAGCAAGUUGGCGUCUUUGAAUGAGAAGCUGGAUGUGUUGGAGCGGAGGUUGGAGCUGCUUGAAGUUCAAGUGGGCAAUGCUUCGGCUAAUCCUUCUCUUUUUGCCACUUGAAUUUGUGUUUCUUGUGUUUUCACUGGCGCUGUAAGCUUACAUAUUCACCUUCUUCUGCCGCCAACUCAGAUUCAUUUGAGACAUAUUUUCGUGCCAGACUCAAUCACGUACUUGAGGUCCGGGAAAUCAGUCAUCUUAGUUGUAGUAAUGGAAAGAAUACAUCAAUUGGUUAAGAGUAAGCUCAGUUGGCAGAAUAUGGAAUUCUUUCUGUAGAUAGAAAUGGAUGAUAUCGGUUUCCUUAGUUUGACAUUUUCCAUAUACACCUUAAGGAAUGUUAUUAUUAUCCCUAACAUAUUUUUCACUCAUUCUUUUUAAGCCAUUGGAUGACAACUGGGCCUCACUUAUCUUUCUUUUGAAUGACUCAGAUUAUUUCUGCUCAAUCUCUUCUGUCCUUCCUUCUUGUUUUGCUUGUUCUCAUUCUAGUUCUAAUUUGCGUGUUCUUAAGGAGACAUAAUUCAACAAGGAAGAAACAGUAUGUAGUUUAUGAAGUUGAUCAUGCAAUGAUGCAAAAGUCUCGGUGAUUGGUUGUUCAAUAUGAUUGUGUAGGUCAAUUUUUCCUUGUUGGGGAAAAAUUUUCGCCACUUUAGUGUACCUGAGGAACUCAAGCUUGCAUUUUAAUCAGAAAUGAAUUCUUAUGCA